GGCGAGGCCGGCCGCGGCGUGGGGUUGGGGGGGCUCCUCCGGGGCCCGGCCCGCAGCCGCGCGUUUCCGGCGCGCUCCCCCGCGUCCUGCGUCCUGUGGUCUCGUCCGCCCCCGCUGCCAUGUUGGAUUGUGCGGCCGCCACCGCCGCCGCCGAAGGAGGGUUGGAGGAGGAGUUGGGAGUUUAGCGCAGUCGCCGGAGUACGAGGACAACUACCACCCGGCCAGAGCCCAGCCGGGCGGGAGCGGGGAGCUUCCCUUUCUCUGCGCGGCCCGUCGUUGGCUCCUCCUUCCCGUGGCCGCCUCCUCCCCGCGCCCGAGGAGCUGCGAGAUGCUGCGCCUCUGAUUCCCCUCCUCCCACCCCUGUCACCGAGAGGGGAAAGAGCGCUCGCCUACUCGCGGGAGACGGCCCUGGACUCGCAACCCCGCCGGCGAAACCAUGAGCUCCGGCCAGCAGCAGCCGCCGCCACCGCGGAGGGUCACCAAUGUGGGGUCCUUGCUGCUCACCCCGCAGGAGAAUGAGUCUCUCUUCACCUUCCUCGGCAAGAAAUGUGUGACUAUGUCUUCAGCAGUGGUACAGUUAUAUGCAGCAGAUCGUAACUGUAUGUGGUCAAAGAAGUGCAGCGGUGUCGCUUGUCUUGUUAAGGACAAUCCACAGAGAUCUUAUUUUUUAAGAAUAUUUGAUAUUAAGGAUGGGAAACUAUUGUGGGAACAAGAGCUAUACAAUAACUUUGUAUAUAAUAGUCCUAGAGGAUAUUUUCAUACCUUUGCUGGAGAUACUUGUCAAGUUGCUCUUAAUUUUGCCAAUGAAGAAGAAGCAAAAAAAUUCCGAAAAGCAGUUACAGACUUGUUGGGCCGGCGACAAAGGAAAUCUGAGAAGAGACGAGACCCCCCAAAUGGUCCUAAUCUACCCAUGGCAACAGUUGACAUAAAAAAUCCAGAAAUCACAACCAAUAGAUUUUAUGGUCCACAAGUCAACAACAUCUCCCAUACCAAAGAAAAGAAAAAAGGAAAAGCUAAAAAGAAGAGAUUAACCAAGGCAGAUAUUGGAACACCAAGCAAUUUCCAGCACAUUGGACAUGUUGGUUGGGAUCCGAAUACUGGCUUUGAUCUGAAUAAUUUGGAUCCAGAAUUGAAGAAUCUUUUUGAUAUGUGUGGAAUCUCAGAGGCACAACUUAAAGACCGAGAAACAUCAAAAGUUAUAUAUGACUUCAUUGAAAAAACAGGAGGUGUAGAAGCUGUUAAAAAUGAACUACGAAGGCAAGCACCACCUCCUCCACCACCAUCUAGGGGAGGGCCGCCUCCCCCUCCGCCCCCUCCGCACAGCUCAGGCCCUCCCCCACCUCCUGCCCGGGGGAGAGGCGCUCCUCCUCCACCACCGUCUAGAGCUCCCACAGCUGCACCUCCACCACCGCCUCCGUCCAGGCCAGGUGUAGGAGUCCCUCCACCGCCGCCAAAUAGGAUGUACCCUCCUCCACCUCCAGCCCUGCCCUCCUCAGCACCAGCAGGGCCUCCGCCACCACCUCCGCCUCUGUCGUUGGCGGGGUCAGCAGCACCGCCCCCGCCCCCACCCCCACCCCCCCCACCGGGGCCGCCACCUCCCCCUGGCCUCCCUUCUGAUGGUGACCAUCAAGUUCCAACUCCUGCAGGAAACAAAGCAGCUCUUUUAGAUCAAAUUAGAGAGGGUGCUCAGCUAAAAAAAGUGGAACAAAACAGUCGACCGGUAUCCUGUUCUGGAAGGGAUGCACUUUUAGACCAGAUACGACAGGGUAUUCAGCUGAAAUCUGUAUCUGAUGGCCAAGAGUCUACACCACCAACACCUGCACCCACUUCAGGAAUUGUGGGUGCAUUAAUGGAAGUGAUGCAGAAAAGGAGCAAAGCCAUUCAUUCUUCAGAUGAAGAUGAGGAUGAAGAUGACGAAGAAGAUUUUGAGGAUGAUGAUGAAUGGGAAGACUGAUCUAUAUAUUAUAUAUAUAUAUUUUUAAGGUGAAAUACUAAACACUACUUUCUGUCUAUGGAUUCUGUAAAAUUAUCAUGUAAAUGUUCUACCAAUUUGCUGUAUAUUUUUGUUGCCUUUUUUGCUUUUUUUUAAUUAAUCUGUGCAAUACCUCAUUUAAUCUGUAAAGGUUUGUCAAAAUCCUCUACAAAGCUACUCCCUGUUAUUGUGUGCAAGUUUACACCAGGAUGCUCACUUAAUUUGUGAAUAUUUUUCAUUCCAUCAACAAGGGAGUUUAAAUAUUAUAUGUGAGACUGACAAAAACCUUAAUGUAAUUUAGUUAUAAUGCCAGAAGGAAAAACACUAUUUUCAUACCCUACUUUUUCUGUACCUAAAUUUUCUUAUUAAAAUCUAGUAUAGCACUACAUUCUUUUUUAAGUGAUACAGACCUUAGUUUAUUUAGCCCCUUCAUUUUGAACACCAUGCUACAUGAAUGUUGAAGCUGACACAUUGCACAGUUCUCUAGACAUCACUACACUGAUGCGGUUUCUCAAGUUGUAGCAGUAUGCUCUGCAUAAUGUCACUACAGAGACGCUAGUUGGGAAAAUCAGUAACACACCUCUUGUAACAGUAUUGCCUGUUCUUGUACAGAAGUGGUAUUUGGAGGCUGGAAUCAUAAGGAGACCUUGCAUACCUGUACUUGACUGAGAUUAUUUUUAUGCUAUAGCAAAUGUGUCAGGCUCUUUUUAGCAAAAAUUUAAAAAUAUUUUUGGUAUUACUCUUAAACAGUAGUUUAAGUUUUUGCAGUUUGGGGGAUUCUAGGGCUAAUAUUCUACAUGAACUGAAGGAGGCUAUACAUUAUGGUUACUUCAGUAUCUAGUUAAAUACACUAUAAAAAUCAGAACAUUAUAAAAAUGAUGUGGAAUUAUUUUUAUUGUGUAGUCUGUAUGGAUUGAGGUAUUCAGAAAUACCAGCCAUACAAAUCGAAUCUAGCUGGCAAAGGUAAACGCUGUAAUGCUGAACCUAUUACGCUAUUUAAAUUUUUUUUUUAUAAUUUCUCAAGGUUUUUGUCAAAUGUCAGGUGAAGGGUUACAUUUUUCUUAAAAGAUUGGUGGUCCCAGUGUCGUAUUUCUUGAAACACAUGACUGAAUGAUAGAUUCUUUUUUUUAAAUAAAACUUUACAACCUGCACAUUUGUUAUGUAUACUAAAUGAUGUGUUAAAAUUAGGGUUUCCUUGCCUCUCUGCAAUACACUAAUCUGCCUAAAGGUGGUUGUUUUCAUAUUUAUAGUGCUAAUUAUCAUACCUACCUACUUUAAAUUUUAGGUAGGAAAACGAUCUGAUUUAAAUACAGACACGUAUUUUUCUCACAUUGAGUCAUAUGCAGAAUGUAGUUCCAAAUGUAUUUCAGUACUAUAAUCACAAUAUCCAACUAAAAAUUAAGCUCUCUAGAAUUGUACCGACCAAAAUCUAGUAUUUGGCAUGAUCUUGACAGGCUGGACCUGCAAGAUAUGGCUUGAAUUUUAACCAGUUAUCACAUAAUCUCUAAUGAUCAUGCAUCUAGUUAUCAUAAAUAAUUUAAAAGGUUUUGUUGCUGAAAGCAGUAAGUGGUGCGGUAAGAUAGUUAAGUUAUUCAAAGAAUGUUACCUUUCUUGCAAGAGUAAUUUAAACACAUGGGAAAGAUUCUAGACUUUUUGUUUCUUGCAAAAACAGUGCCCUCUGCUGCUAGAAACCUUUUUCUGCUUACUCUCAUUUUUAUCGUGGCUUGAGCUCAGUGACACUGAGUCUGGUGUGGAUGAGGCUGGACAACUACUAACCAAUAGAGUUAGGAAUUUGUGCAAAUGGUAAAUAGAACAUUAUAAUUAUUUUAAGUAAUAUUAAGCAUCCUCCUUUUUUUUUCAUUUGACAUUAUAAAAAACAUUUUAAAUAUCCUAGAAAUGUCUUUAAGGUAAUGCCAGUUUAAGAUCUCUCUUAACUUUUGGCCAAGGAAUUCAGGGUUUUCCAGCUAACUUCGGUAUGGUAUUUAUCAGGAGCUGCUCUGAAUAAAAGGAUAUCAAUUCUUUGAGUUGGAAACAAUUUUAAACAUGUAAUAUGAGUAUAAAAUUUGCCAAAGGUAAUUGAGUUUAUUCUUCUUGAGGAAAAAAAGGCUUUCUGUUAUUGUUGUUGCACAAAGUCUAAAUUACUGUUGGUUGAAACACAGCAGCUGUGGAGUUCAGUCCAGGCAUGAAGACUAAGUCCACUGUAGAUGUAAAGGUUGCAUGUUUCGGUCCUCCACCACCUUGCACUGUGGGCAGCACUGUACCUGUGCGUUGUCUGAAAGCCUCCCAUAUAUUCUGCAGCUAAAUGAUUGUCUGAUAGCCUUCGCAUUUAACAAACUUAGCAUGAGGCUUUUUAUAUGCUACGUGAUAGACAAUUUCAGCUAGCCACAUAUUGUAUGCGUGAGAUUCAUAAAGACUUUUCAAUCAUUCGUUUCCAUUUAUCAACUGAAAUUUUGUUUAGUAUGUGAAUUUUUUUGAAAUGUAUAGUGAUAGGAUGUUGCACUGGUGGCAAUUCAUCAUGGAGCAUAAUAAAAUUAAUUUGACCCAAAUAGGCUAAAAUGCUGUGUUUUUCUUUAUUGUGAAGAGAUUAAAAUGGAUAAAAACAUUUUUUUUUAACUGUAGAUUAUAGUAAAGGGUACACAGCAGUGAAUGAUGAUGGUUGAAGUUUUCAGCAGACUGCAUGCCCUGAGGGAGUGUGCCAUUAAAUAAACACGGUGAGCAAAAAGAAUGUUACACCCUGUUCUGCUGGGAAAUGGGACAGCUGCUCAGCUCCCUGGAAGCCACUGCUGUGGUAUACAGAGCAUUCACAUUGCAAGGUCAACCUGGAGCUGUUUGGCAUACUGAAAAUGUUGCAGUUCCCUAAAAUCAGAAUGAUACUGCAGUUUACUGGUCAUUUCAGUAAAAGCCAAAUACAGCAGUUCAUGUGGGACUUAAAUAGUUCUUAAUCAAUGGUAUCAAAGAUGGUACAUUAAACAGGAACCUCAGUUUUGAUAAAUAGAAUUUUCUGUGCUGCUGACUUUGGCACAAGUGGGUGUCUGAAGAUUAAACUGAGUUAUGGAAUCUAGUGUGUAGGAUGCUACAAAAUGCCUUCUAAGAACUUUAGCCAAAUUUAAACAUUUCAAUAAUAUGUUCUAUUAAAAAUUCGUUUCUGUUGUGCAGAUGUGAACACUUACGAAUGUAUUAACCAAACUUUUAAAAAAAAAUUUUUUUUGAGAGACAAAUGCCUCAGAAUUGCUCUUGUCAUAUUAUAUUUAUCUAAUCAAAGGAGAAAUUCCUGAAAUAACUUACUGUCUUUUAGAAAUGGAGUUCUUAAAGGACAAAUAUAGAAAUAAGGUCUAUUUAUAUACAAUAGAAAAUUCUUUAUGGAAAAGAGAAAUUUCACUUUGCACACAUUUUAUUGACAUUGUUAGAUUUUAUCUCCAAAAUACAGUAUUCUCUUAUAAUCUCUUAGUCUUUCAUUGAUGGAUUUUUUUUUUAACCUUUGCUUUUUAGUGAAGCCCCUGGAAAAAGGUGUAAUAAAUUGGGUGUUAUGAAUAUGAUGGGGAGCAUACUUUGCAGUUAAUGCUAAGACUGCCUUUAUGUCAACAUGUGAUACAUGUAUCCUCCUUUGCAUGAAGGGAGCCCAUUGAAAAUUUUGGCUUUAUAACAAAACAUGUCUACAUAAAUAAGCCAUACCUUUUUUUUUUUUUAAGUCUGUAUCAGUGGUCAUCCUAACUAUUGGUGCAGUAUUUAAUUUCACACAAGUCCAGUGUAAAUCUAAACUGGUCUGUACCACCAUCAAGAUUGACAAAUUAAUAUAUGAAUAGCACACAAUUUUUUUGAGUAAAAUUUAACAGUUAAGAAGCUUAUAGGUGGUUUUUAGGUUAGGUAUUUAUGUAUUGGGGCGUUUCUAGUAAAUUUGAAGUCCCUUAAUUUUUUAACAACCACGAACAUUUUUUAUACUUACUUUAGUAAGGAUUUUCUUUAAAUUUUCUAUUCAAGAGGAAGUUCCAUUUUAACAGUAUCAAAUUAUGUUAUGGAACUGGAAUUUCCAGGUGUCAUAUUGACAUCACUCUCUGUCUUGGACUGGUUGCAUGUCUUGACCUGAAUUCAGUUUUAUCUUGGUUAUGGCUAGAUGUGUGAGGAUUUUCAUCCAAGCCCAAGUCUAAGAAUUUUUAAGCAUCAAUAUCGCCAUAUUUAAACAUUUAUUAAGACUGAAUAGGUGAUGGACAUUAAAAUAUAAUUGCAGUAAGGUAGAUCCCCUCCCUCCUUACAUUUAAAAUACUUACUUCACAGCUGAAAGACAGCUGCAGACCAUCAAGUUCCAUCAGGCCAACUCUCAUCAGACUGGUAGAGGGGCUCGCCUGAGUUCUGUUAGAAGGAGCUAAUACUAGAAUUCAGCCUUGACUACUAGCUCAGUUGCUUUUUUCUGUGCACCAUAAUACUGUUUUAUCCUUGUUUUCUGUAUUUUUCUUAAAUUACUAAUAAGUUGGAGAUUUACUUUGCUUCUGAAAGAUUUAUGGCUAUGAAUUUCACUCUUUCGUACUUGUCAUCUGGGUGUUGAUAGAAGCCACUGGCAUCCUGUUCUUGUCUCUGCCGAGGAAAGCUGGCUUGUUUUGAGGAACCGGCCUCUGACUCUGAAGCAUGUGAUCGUAUUUUGGCUCAGUGAUGGCGGACACCCUACAUUGUCCAAGCAUUCGGUCAUCACAGGACACUCUUGUCAUUUAGUGCUGGGUUAAUAAAAUUGAGCUUUAUAUUCUACAUCGAAAUUAUUUUUGUUUCCUAUGGAUGUAAAGAGCAUUGCCUUUAUUUAGACGUAAGUAUUUUGUAAACCCUUAACACUCAACUUUCCUGACAGAAAAUCAGUUUGAGAAUGUAUUAAUCUUUCUGUAUAAUUUUCAGUCAACAGCUGCACUGUCAAUUUAAAGACCGGGAGUUCUUCCAAGAGGACAAGGACAAACCAAACGCUUUAAAUCCAGCUUCCUGGUUUUCUUAUUAGUGAGAGAGGGGAGAUUCUAAUUUAGUAGCAUGUAUUUCACCCUUACUGGAAAAAACGCAGGAAAAUAAAGCUUGUAUUCUAGUGUUGGUGUUGAAAGAAACAAAUUAAGUGAAAGGAAAAGGCAUCGUCAUGUCCAGUUAACUAUAGGAAGACAUAAAGCUGUUCAUAAUGUCUCAAUUCUGUAGAGAUCUGUUAAGAGAACUCUAACUAGUUCCUUAAAUCAGCUCCUGAGCCUAAAAAGAAACAACUUUUAUUUAUUUUUUUAGUUAGGGUGGGAGUCUAAGGAGGCAGAGAAUAGGAAGGAGAAUUUCUUUGCAAGCAGAUUUUUGUUUAAAGAUUGGGAUUGGGAAAACAUUUAGCAAGUAAAAUUAAGUGUGUUAAAGUCUCCAUUUUGAAGGGUGAUAACUAGUUAAGAAGCUAAUGAAAUUGGGUAUUUGGUUUAUGUUUGCUUAUUAAGCAAGGAUAUAGGGGUGCCUGGGUGGCUCUGGUUAAGCAUCGGACUCUUGAUUUUGCCUCAGGUCAUGAUCUCAGGGUCUUGGGAUCGAGUCCUGCCUCGGGCUCUCAGCAUGGAGUCUGAGAUUCUCUCUCUCUCUCUCUUUCCCUCAGCUCCUCCCACUCAUGCGUCCCCUCUCUCUCUCUGGCUCUCUCUUCCUAAGAUAAAAUCUUCUAAAAAUUUUUUUUAAAUUCUAAAAAAAAUUAAAAGCAAGGCUAUAAAUGUAGAAAAGCCAUCUUUUUUUAAUUGCAUAUUCUGCUAAAACUUAAGUAACCUUGUUUUGUCCCUGGUUGAAUGCUUGGAUGCUAUAGAACAUGUUUGUAAGGACCUGCUGCCUGAAAAUGUUCCUGAAAGUUUGAGUUGAUUCUGAGCCAGACAAUUGCUUUAGGUCUGCCUCACCAGAGCCCAGAGGUUUACGGCCACCAUGUCUGGGUCAGUCUGAUGUGGUUUAUGCCAUGAGACCGGGUGUGGAGAGCUCCGUGUGCCACUGAGCCCUCUCAACAUCCUCCUUUUGUUUUCCACUUGCAUCACUUGGUUUUCCAGGACAACAGAAAACCUGGUUUGAUGGCAAGUCGCUGUAUUAUUUUUCAUAGAUGUUUCUUCCUUUCCCAACUCUAAAUAUGAAGCCACGCGUCAUGCCACCGAGAAGAAGGGCAGAGAGAAACAAGUACGUUGGGCAUUUGAGUUCAGUCUUGACUUUGUCAAGCUUACUUCUCUAAUCAUUAUGCACAGUUGAACUCAGAUGGGAUUUGGCGGGUCAUUGGAAAAGAUAGGAUAACUUGGCGGGGCGGGAAUGUGGUAUUUUUUCCACUGCAUGGCUGUUUAACACUUAGGUGUAGCAUUUUCUUCGUAUCUGGGUCUUGGUUUGUGAUGCAUGGUAAGUUAGAAUUUCAGUAAUGACUCCACACGCAAACUGCUUGACAUAAUAAAGCAAGGAUCUUUCAACACGUGGAAACCACUGCUGUAUCCUCACCCUGACAAGAUAACACCAUGAAACUGAGGAUAGGGAUGGGCAGUGUAAAAACUAUGAAGGAAUUUUUUGAGAGUUGUUCCCCCCAAAAGCUUCCAAAUACACAAGUUUUUUUUUAAAAUAUUAAUAGGAACUGGUGGCUAAAGCAAGAAGGAACAGGAACGUAAGAAAAUGUUCUCCUGUAUCAAGUUCCCGAGUCUUCAAAAAUUCCGACCUCUUAUUUUUGGAGCUACUGG